AUGCGCCUACGCCAUGCCAUCUGGCAGAAGCUGCAGCCCAGCCCUGCGUCUCCGAAGACACUUGACAUGGUGGCGUUGGCAGAACAACUUGGCCAGCUCCCACAGCUCCAACGCAAGCCAUGGGUGAUCUUAAACGACUGUCGAGCUGACUUCGAGUCGGCCAUGGGACUCAGCACAGAUGCCUUGCUGAUGACACUGGCAAGCUGGCUAGAGGACGCGUGUGUGGGCCUGGCCCACGUCAGUGGAAACGUCUAUUUGGGGCUCCGUCUGGAUUUGGGAGCUCGUUCGCUCGCGCCGGAGCAGGUGCUAUUGGGAAAUCUAUUUUCACACGGAGAGAUUGGUCUUGAUGCCAUUGCGUCACCAAAGUUGCCGGAUGACCAGGCAUGUAGCUUGCUGGCGGAAGUGGCAACCUACCCUAGCCUCCGCUGGCUUUGCGCUUCAGCCCAGAGGUCUGAGGCGGUGGCACCGAGCUUGCCGGUGACGCUUCAGCCGGAGAAGCCACGCCAGGUGGGUGACAUCGUAAAGCCGGUUCGCCGCAGGCUGCUAAACACCUAUCCAGCGCUUCGUGACAUGAUUGGAGAUCCUUCAAGAAAACAUGGAAAUUGCCUUCAGCAUGCGAGCUUCAUUCACUACGACCUGCGUGGAGAUACCUUGGAGGAGUAUCAAGCCUCUGCUGCGCGCAUCGCUGCAAAACGCGCCUAUGCACCAGUGUCUCGCCCGACUGCUGGCUGUGCAUUGAAGACGGAGGCAGGACUUUUCUCGGGCUCAGAGGUGGCCACGCAGACAGGUCAGGGUGGCCUGACGCCGUUGGAGUGCGCGUUGAUCUCCCUCGGCGCAAACGGCUUGGAUUGCAUGUCCAUCCUGUCUGCAGUCUGGUGUCAACCAUCGGACGAGCAAAGCAUCCUGGAGAUGAGGGAGUACGACAGGAGCCUCCUCACGGCAUUGUCACCAAAUGCUCCAUUCGACACGGUCCUUCCAGAAUGA